CCCAUACAGAACGCAAGUGAAAGGGCCUGGUCUGGGCGCAUUCCUGCAUCUGCUGCUGGAGGUCGGCUCUGAUUGACUCUCCCGCUUCCCGUGCAUGCAGCGCAAGGCCGCAGCGUUCGAGGCCACUCCCGUCCACUCCUCGCUGGAAAUGAGCAGCGAGACUACGGACUUUGAGCGCGUGCCGCCCGAAAGUAGCGGCGGCUUCGUCAAGAUCGGCGGCCCGUUGCCAGACUCGUCGGACCCUCGCACCAUCAAGGGCGCGUCCAGCGCUCCAGGCAACGGCCACCGCCUGUUCUACCUGCGCGUGAUCGACUCUCGUAAAUGGCACUACUCGGAGACAUUCGCGCUGUUCCUGGACUUUUUCGUGCAGGUUUUGGCCAUCUCCUUCACCCAGAAGGACUCGUUCCAUGACGAAGUGGCGGCCAAGGCCUCGCGUCUCUUCUCUUCCGGUUUGAUGCUCUGCUACUUCAUCGACAUGGUCAUCCGUGUGCUAGGUCUGCGCCUCGCUCUCUUCCGAUCCCACUCGAAUAUCGCCGAUCUGCUGUGUCUUGUGGCCAUGGUCGUGUUACUCGGCUCGAGAUACGUCAUGGGGGACAAGGAAUACUGGCUGUGUCUGGGUUAUUUGACCAUUGUGGCUUGUCGUCUCAUCCUUAAGCCCAGAGCCAGAACCUUCUCCAAGAAACUCCACAAGUUCCGCACCAAUGGCGACCACAUUCGCAUCAGCAUCGAGUCGCUACGAGCCUCAUUGGCUCGUAUCCCUGGCAUCUCGGCCAUGUCCAUUGAGAUGAUGGAGACCGAUUUGGUGAUCAUCUGCGGUCGUGACGAGGGCGACAUGACGCGUGACGAGCUCAUGAACUUCCUGGAACGAGCUCUCCACUACCGCCCUCCUACACUCUCGGCCACGGAGUUCUUGUCCCAUUUGCGCGACAUCGACGCGUCGUCGUCUACACUGGCCUACGGUAUUAUGGACGUCGUCCGCAGUACAUUGUGGCACUGGUCCACACAGAUCGCAGACCUUAUUUUCUGCUUCUUCGUGGUGUGUAUCAACGCCUCAGUGAGUCCAGCGCUGGCCAUUUUCCUGGCCAAAUUGUCGGAUGCAUUCGAUACUUUAGACUCUGGAGAACCCAACGAGUCCACGCUCAAAUUCGGUGUCGUAGGAGUACUGGCCUUGUGUGUGCCGUUCGUGCUCGGUGACUACGCUGUGGGCUACUUCCAGUCUAAAAUGAUCUCCAAAGCCACCGAGUCGAUGCAGUCAGCCCUGCUGAACAUCAUUCUGCGUCAGGAUACCCAGUUCUUCGCUGAGCGCUCGGAAGGUGACUUGAACAAUCUUUUCUCGAGUGACGUCGCGCGUGUCAACGCACUAUGGCAAGCUGUGUUCUGGAACCUGCUGAAUCCGCUUUUAGCUGUGGUUUUCGGCUUCAGUUACGCUCUGUACAUGGACGUGAGCAUCGGUAUCAUGUCGUUUGCCUUUACUGCAGUGCUGCUUUCCAGUGGCCCGCAGGGUUUUGCAGCGCAGCGAUCGAAGGAGUUUGGCUCUAGGAAUGCUUACGUUGCUGCGGAGUUCCAGAACGCUGUGGGUUGUGAGAAGGUUGUGCGUGCCUACGCUAUCCAGGACCCGCUCAUUACGCGCUUUAAAAAGACAUGCGCUUCGCUGCGUAAGAGUCAGUUCUCGAAGGACUUUUGGUCGAGUAUUGUGCAGAUCUACAUUGAGUCUGCCAUGUACAUUUUCGUGGCUAUCAUGACAGCGUCGUUGGCGAUGAAAGUGUGGCACAAGGACUUGUCGUCGGGUGAAUUCUUCGGAUUUAUCACGCUGUUGAGUCGUGUGUCGAACCCUGUGACGGUGCUGGGUGGAUUCAUGCGUGUGGCUAUCGGCAAUGCUAGCAGUUUGCAGCGUGUUGACGACAUUAUCGUCGGACUGGGCUCAAACAGUGGCAAGGACGAAAACGACAAAGACAUGCCACCGCUUCCCAAGAUGGAGCAUGAUCUCCGUGUUGAGAAGCUCGUGUUCAAGUACGACAAGGCGUCCGAGAACUACAUUCUCAACGAGUUGAGCGCUACUAUUCCUCGUGGCUCGUACACGUGCGUUGUGGGCCCGUCGGGUUGUGGUAAGAGUACGCUGUUGGCCUGUUUGAUGCAGUUCCAGGAUGCCGAUGGCGGCUGCAUUCGUCUCGAUGGCCACGAUAUCUUCAACUUUUCCAAGAAAUCGUUCAUGGACCAGACCGCCGUCGUGUUCCAGGAUGGCGGUAUCCUUAACGGUACGAUCUACGACAACAUCCGUUACGGUAACAUCAGCGCUUCGAACGCUGACUGUGAAGAAGCUGCACGUCUGGCUGAAUGCCACUUCAUCAAGAACCUCAAGGACGGUUUUGAGACGGUCGUGGGUCAGCACGCCACAUGCAACUUGAGUGGUGGUCAGGCGCAACGUAUCUGUUUGGCGCGUGCUCUAUGUCGCCGCCCGAGUUUGAUGCUGCUUGAUGAAGCUACCAGUGCUUUGGAUCCUGAGACCGAGGCGUCGAUUGUGGCAACGUUGGAGCGUCUUUCGAGCAAGAUGAACAUGACGAUCAUCUCGGUGACUCAUCGUCUCUCCACGGCACUGAAUGCGGACCAAAUUUUGGUACUGAACACGGGUCGCGUUGCAGAAGAAGGUCGCUAUGAUGCUCUAGUACAGAAGGGUGGUCUCUUCUAUGAGAUGGUGCACAAGGUGGACAAACCGGAAGAGGAAGAAGAUGCUGCUCCGGUGGAGAAGCCGGAUAUGGUUAGCAUGACCAAGAGCCGUCGUCGUGGCACAGCGCCACGCAGAAACACCGACACGAUCGGAGCUACUGGCGAGGAGCCGAAGCAGAUGCAGGACAGCGCAUUGGCAUUGCAGCAGUUUACAAAGACUCUGAGCUCGCGUGUGGCCCAUGACGUUGGCGAUGGGAACCGUCCUGCAGGCACGACUUCGUGGUAUCGCUACGGCAACCGCAACUCCCAUCGCAGUCGCAAGACGAGCGACGACGGCUUCACAUCUCGUCGCUCGGGCAACAACAGUGUCGAGGGUGGUCAGUGGUAUCCUAGCCAGCAUGACAACCGAGGUGCGGCGACGUCUGCGGCCAGCGAGGAAGAACGGAACAAGUACUUUGUGCUGUAGACAUGUUCGUGCGGUCUUCACGUACUGAUUUUGGUUAUUUUGAAGCAGCUGCAGUGACUCGAGACCCGAUGUCUGUCCGUAUACCAAGGCUAGCUGCAAUGAUAGCUACAAGACCCUCUGUUUGCAGAGUCAUUCGUAAGAUAGUUUUCAUUUCGCUCUAGCGAAGAUAUUUCUUCACAGAAGGAAACGUGUCGAGAAAAGAGUAAACGCCAAAAAUCCUGACAAGUUUCAGGUUUUGGCGGGCGGAAAUGCAUUUCAUGUGAUUUGGGAAUCAAGUGGCAAACUUUUGGUGUUAAUCGAGUGAAAAGCAGUUCCCAGAGCGAUACACUUCCCAGGAGCAAUAAAGUUGAGAGAGAUCUAAGCGAUGGGUGACAUAACAACCAGUCAUUACAUUUAGUGCCAGCACUAAGCGGCAACAGCCACCAAUUCUUUAGAAACCCAAGGUAGCACGCCCAUAAAACUGCUCGUCCUCUUCGGGCAAAGAUUCUUCCAGUCCGUCGAGAUUGAACUCCUUUGCUUGCUUGCUGUCGCCACGAGCAAGCAUCUGCUUGUCCGUAUCGCCACGAGGCCGAGGCGGCGGUAGUGGUGGGGCAGCAGCAUUGAGUAAAUAGGCGUUCGCAGCACGCAAUGUUUUCACCC